AUGUACUAUACAAUAUUUUUUAUUAAUACAGAUAUUCUUCCAUCACAAAGACAUCACUUAUCUGCAACUUUAUUGGGGGAAAACGAAGAAAGGAGGCAAAAAACAGAAAGGGCUUUCAGUUUAGGAAUUUUCGAAUCUUCACAAGAUGAUCAUCUUUAUUGGAUAUCUUUACUUCCAAAUAAGGAUACCCAAAAGAAUCGACUUCGUUUAAUUAAAAGUAUUUUCUCAGAAAAAUGGCAGAAUGCCAACAAUUCGCGUUUCCGUCCAUUUUCUAUUUUAAAAGCUUAUGCAACGAAGUUUUGGACAAAAGAAAGUUUUAAUGGAAGGACUGGACAAAUUAAUAGAAGACCUCCUCCACACAAUGAAUGGCUUCCAUUAAUUUCUGAUUAUGCAUUGGCCUUAAAUUUAGCUCAAAAUAAAACACAAAUUCGCAAAAAAAUGUUUGGGCUUCGAAUGUUUUCAAAUAAUCCAUUUCCAACGCCUCCUGCCGACUGGUUAUUGUCUGCUGUUUUUCUUUCUUCUGGCCUUUGUUCUGAUUCUACAAUUGAUUUACUUGAAAGACUUAUACUCAACCGUGAGUGAGUUUUGGAAAUUUAAUUGAAAAAUUUGGAAUAAUAUGGAGUACGGGAAAGGAAAAAUCCGGAUGAGGAUUAACUGUAUAGGAGUGGUAAUUGAGCGGCCCCUUGUUUUCAUAUUCACUUAA